UUUUGAAAUCGAAUUAGGCAGCUUAUAGAUAUGGGUUCCCACACUUGUUGCACUUUUGCAUUAUCGUUGUUUGGCUAAGUCACAUAUCCCAUCAAAUAUCUUCGGGCGGGUUGUUGGCUUUGGUUUCAGUUUUUUUUCGAUGGAGUCUCCAGUCUGUUCAAGUACGCCAAAAAGCUCUACCAAACGGGCUAUGAAUGAGCUAAACUUAGAAACACCGCACAUCUCACUGGCUGAAGGUAGUAUCCGAAUCAAGAGAAGGAAGACAGCGACAGUGCCAGAACAGUUGAAUCUCUCAAAUCGAUCGUUGCCUGUUGAUCUUGAUUCGAAUGUCAGUUCAUCCCGUCGUUCUGUGCUUAAGAGACUGUCUCAGCCGAAGAAAGCAGCAACAGGGCGUCAAGGCAUGGAUUGGAUGUAUGUUAACUAUAAGGAUACUCCACAACCGAGUGAUCGUCCUAUUCCACGAAGACAAGAUGAUGGAGGUGAGCCAUCAGCACAUGCAUUACCACCAGGACCGCCAUCGAAAACACGUGAUUCAGGCCGACAACUAAAACAGCAGUUAGUGCGAACAGAACAGAAACGGGCCAGUCGAGAGGUGGAUACUGCACGAGAACAUAAUACUGAUAAUGAUAAUGAUAACGAUAAAACGGAACGGCCAACGAAACGUGCUGCACCGGGUACGAGAGCUUUGCGAGAGAUAGCAGCAUACCAGCGGAGUACAAAUCUCCUUAUAAGGAAGCUGCCAUUCUCUCUAUAUAUCCGUCAUAU